CUAGACGCAUUCAUGAAUUGAGACACACCACACACGAAGCGCGACGACCAGAGCGGUCAUGUCUCAACGAACGAAUGGCAUGGCCAUUACGGAUGAAUCCAACAUGAAAACGACAACCAAAAAGGUCUGGUGAUUCAUUCACUCACCCACUCACUUCACUGACUGACUGCAUUGCAUGCCACACGCUUGACCAAAAAACGACGGACAGACCGUACCAUACAAAGCGAACACGCACUGCCAAAUACACGCAAUAUGUGAAGCAUGGAAGCCUAUGUACCUCCCUCCCGGCUGCCCAUCAUCGCCCCUCCCGUGGUCCACCACACACUGGCAUCCCCUCUCAGCUCAUCUCAUGUCAUCUCAUCUCAUCUCACGUCAUGCAUCUCGUUUGGUGACUCGGAGGGCGAGGUUGGCCGGUGCCACGGUGAGUGACAGCAGCGGCAUCACACGGUCUUUGCCGUCAAGGCUCACCGAGAAGGAUCGCAGCAGAGACGAGAUGAUGACCUGGGCCUCUUGCCUGACACACACACAAUUAAGCACACAACGGACACAACACUGGCUGCAUGACAUCGACAUCCAUCCGCUUUUUGCCUGUCUGCCCGGUCUCAGUUCAGCUGACAUGGCGAAUUUCUGUCCGAUGCAGUUCCUGGGUCCCGCGCUGAAUGGGAGGAAUGCAUCUGAGUGCGCCAUUGGCUGCGACGUGCCCUCAGUGCCCUCCAUCCACCGCUCCGGCCGGAAGACCGAGGGCGCCGGCCAGUAGCGAGCGUCGUUCUGCACUGCCAUGAAGUUCAGCCACACAAUCGUACCUGAAGGAGACGUAGAUAGACGCACACGGCGGUCGACGUGGGCACAGAUGGUGUGGGGUGCGUCCAGGCAUACAUACCUUUGGGCAGAGUGAUGCCGUUGACUGUGAGCGGCUCCUUCAGGAGGCGGUCGACAAACGGGACGAUCGGCCGCACUCUGCAAUUAUGUAUGCAAUGAAUGCCACACAGGGAGAGGAAGGGACCACCACUGGUCGAUGGCUGGCACCAAUCUCACUGUGUGUGUGGCGGACUGACUGACCUCAUGACCUCCUUGAGGACGCAUCUGAGGUAUUCCAGUUUGGGGAGCUCGUCGAACGUGAUGGGCCGCCCACCCAAAUCAUCAAUCUCACUCUGCACCUUACCCUACACACACACACACACACACAGACGCAUGGAGCCUGUCCCAGCCCCCCAUUAAUGAUGUGACUUACCUGCACGUCUGGGUGUUUGGAUAGGAAGUAAAGCGUCCAGGAAACCAAGUUGCUCGUCGUUUCGUGACCUACACAGCAACCACAUAUAUUGUGGUUUGGUUGAUGCUCUCCCUCGUCCCUCCUUUCACCCUCUGUGUGAUGUUGGUCUUGUGUGUGCCCCUCCCCCGCUCCCCUCCCCCCGCCCCACCGACCUGCGACAAGGAAGGUGAGUGCCUCGUCGACGAUUUGUUUGUCGGGCAUGUUGCCGACCGCCAGGAGCUCGUCCAGCAGGUCCUUGGCCUCCUCACCGCGCACGUCCACCGACCCAGCGGCGCGACGACGGGCUAUCUCGUUGAUGAUCCGACGACGCAUACGCCUGACGGAUGGCGCACACACACACGCAUGUAUCCCUCCUCCCUCUGUCGGUGUCUCCAUGUGUGUGUGUGUGUGUGUGUUUACUUGACGAGGAUCUGGACGCCCAGGCCUGACGGCAGGGGCACGUACAUCCACGCGUGGCCGAGGAGGUGUCUGCCCAUCCAGAACAUCGGGUAGCCGUUGACCUUCUCCCACGCCCAAACGAGCCAGUCGACGUCGAACUCACACCGGGCGAAGGCCGCGUCGCACAUGACGCGAAGCGUCAGGGCACUGACAGAGAGAGCAUCACGCCACGCCGGUCCCAGUGUCUCGUUCGUGAUCUCUGUCUCUGUCUUUUAACCUGAUGUCGUGUUUGCCGAUGGUUGUGCCGUCGGUGCUCUUGGCCGCCUUGUCCUGCAGCUGCUGCACCAGCCUGUCGGCAUUCCUGGUCAUGAACUUGUGCACCGCCUUCAAAGUGCUGAAGUGAAACAGGGGCGUGAGCAGCUUCCUUUGCCGCUGCCACAGCGCACCGCUCGACGUCACCAGCCUGCAUGGCAUGGGCGGCACAAAUGACACAGAUGACUGACACAAACAGACAGACACCCCUGUGUGUGCUCAUUCGCUUACCCAUGUCCCACCAUCUCCACGAGUGUUUCGUAGAAUGGCGACUUUGGGUACUUGUCGGGGUCUGCGAGCACCUCAGCAAUGGCGGCCGGCUGGUUGACGCCCACCACUCGGCGGCCCUCGAAGUCAGGGCCGACGUCCACCACCUGACAUGGACACACAUGACACGCACAGAGAACAGACAGACAGACAGACAGACAGACAUGGAAGGGCGUAUCAAUGAAUGCAGCGAAUGCCGGGAGUGUCGACGUCCAUAUCUCCUUGUGUGUACCGUACCUCCAGGAACUGGUCUGGAUGCUCGGGAUCCCUGGCACAGACAGACAGACAGACACUCAUUCACUCACUCACUCAUUCAUCCCUUCCCCGUCUGCCUUCUCCCACUCUCACCGCCAGUCCUCGAGCAGUCCAUCGAGGCCUUUAUCCUUCCCCUCGCGCGCCGCAAACGCCCGCACGAACGGCAUGACGCCCUUCCUGGGCGCCAGGUCUUUGUACUCUCUGUUGCGCAUCAAGUAGCGGGUGACGGAGCAGACGCACUGGCCGACCACACAUGCCGACACACUGCCGGCGCCGAUGACCACGGCGCACUUUGCUGUCGUCCAGAGAAUGUCGCCGGCCGUGUCCGUCUUAAGCGAGAAGUCCAUCGUCGUGAAUCAAUCGACGAGUGGAGAGAGGGGCAGAGAGAGAGGGCCCGUUCACUCCGUGUACAGUGUACAACCGGUUCUCUCGCGGAAGACUCAAA